UGAUUGUAAUGUAAUAGUUUUAUGACUAAGCUACUUGUUACACUUUCUAAUUGCUUUAUGUUAGAGACUUAAUUAAAAAGGAAGUGUAAGGUGAUUGAUUAAGAAGACAGUCUGAUAAUGUCUAGAAAGAAAAAAAAAGUUGGGACUGAAGGUAGUGGGAUGAAGCAAAUUAAGCUUUUAGUAUCACCUAUAUGAUUCUUCUCUCAAAACGGGUGCAGACAACAGACUGCCUAUUUUCUGCAUUUUGAAGGGAGCACUACAAGAGUAAAACCUUCUGCAAUAAAAAUUUAACUUAUUAUUUACUUUAUAUUCCCAUCAAAUUUAUUUGUGGUAACAUUGAUUAAAGAAAUAAUUUUUUCACAUUAGUGAACUUUUCAGUGUUUUUCUGAAGAAAGAAAUAUACAUCAGGUACUUUGGAAAACUAAUUUGUAAAAUUACCAUGAAAAAUUACCAUUAGCAGACUGCAAGAAUGUCUCUGACAUUAGCGGUACUUUAAUUACCUAAAGUUUGGCCAUAGUAAUAAAAUAUUUAUUACCUGGACAGAUUUAUUCAGCUUAAUUAGAAACUUAUUUUUUUAACCAUUGUGAGCAUGAGUGAUGAGUACAUGCAAGUUAGCAGGUAACCCCUAGGUGUGAAUCAAAGGAAAGUUAUGUGUUCACGUUCUGUCACCUGAUGGCAACUUUAAACCUGCAAGUUUGAUAUUACCUUUUCAGGAUGUUCUGAUAUCUUUGUUCCUUUUUUAAGUUUCUCAUUUACUACUACUUUGUAGAGGAAAAGGUGCCUACAACUGAUUACAGAUUUUAAUCACCAUGUCAAUAAUUUGCAAGCUGAGCUAAGAUACUGGGUUGGAAUGUAGCUUGCAUGAAGCAGUGGAGAAACUACACUUCUAUCACACUCACACUGGAGUGCUGUUCUGAAGACUUAGCAGGAGACCUGACUGAUUACCAAGAACAAUUAAUGGUUAAAUGUCAGGUGGCAUUGUGUACUGCUCAGUGUUCAGCAAGUUGAUAGAUAUAGAAAUGUGUAAAUGUUGUGAUUACUUCAGAUGUUGGUGUGUUCCUUUCUUAUCUUAUGUUUCUCAAAUACAAUUAGCAUUCAAUAAAGCAUUUACCUGUUCUUAGGGAGCUUUUAACUAAAAUCUGUGUAUGUAUCACACCUGAGAGGCACAUAAUAAGACCUGUUUUAAUCCUUUAGCACAUUACUCCUCCAUAGAGUUGGAAGCUAUUUCAAAUGGGUUACAGUCAUGAUGCAUUUAAAAAGCAAAAUUACAUUCAUGGAGAAAGUCUGAUUUUUAUUGUCUCUUCUUUCCCCUAUCAGUUCUUCAGUCACCUAGUGAGUAUGUGUAUAAUGCAGAUGUGUAUUAUGUAGGUUCAGCACCUCCCUUUUUAUAGAUUAGUUAAAUAAGUUUAACUGAUGGAUUUUUGUUUUCUUCUGUAAUUUGUUAUUCAUUUGUGCUUUCAGUGAGGUUAACCAGCAGCAUGAGAAAUAAACCAAUCUAGAUAUUUCUCUUGUGUUAACACACAUAUAGUUUAAUAUGUCAAGUUUCUGACUCAGAUGAUGACAGUCAGAGAAGAUGUUCAAAGAUUUAACCAAAACGUGAAAUAUGUUCCUUUUAAUGGAAAAAUUUUGUUGAACAAGAAGUGGACUAAAACAUAGCAAAUUCCUCCUUGCUUCAUUCAUUCUGUCCUUUCGUUUUCAUUGAUUGAUAGCAUCAUCAUUUAUAUUAAAUAUACAGUUUGAGUGCUUUAUACAUGAACAUGAUCCAAGUGAUAUUACUAGAGAAGAAAAAAUUCUAAAGACUGAUACCAUUGCCCUUAAGUGAACAGUGUUUAUUCGGGCACUCUUUAGAAGAAAGCCUCAUAUUCCUUCAUUUUCAUCAGGAACUGAUAAUGGUUCAGGAGAAGACCUUUUAUCCUUUCCGACUUCUGUGUUUUCUCCUGCAGUUUGGAAGCUGCUCUCUCUUCCCGUUAGCAUGAUCUAUUCUUCUCUUCACUUACUAGUUGAGAGUUCCUACAUCUCCUCUGGAGAUACUGUGGCGUAUGGUUCUGCUUGUCCAAUAGGGAGGUGUUGCAUUUCUACACAUUCAGUCUCCUUUUCCCUUGGAGCCUGAGAGUAAAACCUCAGCAGUACUCCCUGCCUUUGCCAGCCUGAGGAGUCAGAGACUCAAAGUUGUUCCCAGCUCUCGCGCCUUCAUUGUAGAGCUGCAUUCUGCUCAGUGGGCUGCCGAGAAGGACCAGACCGAAACAAGAUUUAGAAGAAUUCUGGAUGUCUUCCAAGCGACCAGCCUCUCCGUAUGGGGAAGCAGAUGGAGAGGUAGCCAUGGUGACAAGCAGACAGAAAGUGGAAGAAGAGGAGAGUGACGGGCUCCCAGCCUUUCACCUUCCCUUGCAUGUGAGUUUUCCCAACAAGCCUCACUCUGAGGAAUUUCAGCCAGUUUCUCUGCUGACGCAAGAGACUUGUGGCCAUAGGACUCCCACUUCUCAGCACAAUACAAUGGAAGUUGAUGGCAAUAAAGUUAUGUCUUCAUUUGCCCCACACAACUCAUCUACCUCACCUCAGAAGGCAGAAGAAGGUGGGCGACAGAGUGGCGAGUCCUUGUCUAGUACAGCCCUGGGAACUCCCGAACGGCGUAAAGGCAGCUUAGCUGAUGUUGUUGACACCUUGAAGCAGAGGAAAAUGGAAGAGCUCAUCAAAAAUGAGCCAGAAGAAACCCCCAGUAUUGAAAAGCUACUCUCAAAGGACUGGAAAGACAAGCUUCUUGCAAUGGGAUCAGGGAACUUUGGUGAAAUAAAAGGGACUCCUGAAAGCCUAGCUGAGAAGGAGAGGCAGCUCAUGGGUAUGAUCAAUCAGCUGACCAGUCUACGAGAGCAGCUGUUGGCUGCCCAUGAUGAGCAGAAGAAACUGGCUGCAUCUCAGAUUGAGAAACAGCGUCAGCAGAUGGAGCUGGCCAAGCAGCAGCAAGAACAGAUUGCAAGACAACAGCAGCAGCUUCUGCAGCAACAACACAAAAUCAAUUUGCUUCAGCAACAGAUCCAGCAGGUUCAAGGUCAACUGCCACCAUUAAUGAUUCCCGUAUUCCCUCCUGAUCAACGGACACUGGCUGCAGCUGCCCAGCAAGGAUUCCUCCUUCCUCCAGGCUUCAGCUAUAAGGCUGGAUGUAGUGACCCUUACCCUGUUCAGCUGAUCCCAACUACCAUGGCAGCUGCUGCCGCAGCAACACCAGGCUUAGGCCCACUCCAACUGCAGCAGUUAUAUGCUGCCCAGCUAGCUGCAAUGCAGGUGUCUCCAGGAGGAAAGCUCCCAGGCAUACCCCAAGGCAACCUUGGUGCUGCUGUAUCUCCUACCAGCAUUCACACAGACAAGAGCACAAACAGCCCGCCACCCAAAAGCAAGGAUGAAGUGGCACAGCCACUGAACCUAUCAGCUAAACCCAAGACCUCUGAUGGCAAAUCACCCACAUCACCCACCUCUCCCCAUAUGCCAGCUCUGAGAAUAAACAGUGGGGCAGGCCCCCUCAAAGCCUCUGUCCCAGCAGCAUUAGCUAGUCCUUCAGCCAGAGUUAGCACAAUAGGUUAUUUAAAUGACCAUGAUGCUGUCACCAAGGCAAUCCAAGAAGCUCGGCAGAUGAAGGAGCAGCUUCGGCGGGAACAGCAGGUGCUCGAUGGGAAGGUGGCUGUUGUGAAUAGUCUAGGUCUCAAUAACUGCCGGACGGAAAAGGAAAAAACAACACUGGAGAGUCUGACUCAGCAACUGGCGGUUAAACAGAAUGAAGAAGGAAAAUUUAGCCAUGCCAUGAUGGAUUUCAAUAUGAGUGGAGAUUCUGAUGGAAGUGCUGGAGUCUCCGAAUCAAGAAUUUAUAGAGAAUCCAGGGGACGUGGGAGCAAUGAGCCCCACAUAAAGCGUCCCAUGAAUGCCUUCAUGGUGUGGGCUAAAGAUGAACGAAGGAAAAUCCUUCAAGCCUUCCCUGACAUGCACAACUCCAACAUCAGCAAGAUAUUGGGAUCUCGCUGGAAAGCUAUGACAAACCUAGAGAAACAGCCAUAUUAUGAGGAACAAGCCCGGCUCAGCAAGCAGCACCUGGAGAAGUACCCUGACUACAAAUACAAGCCCAGGCCGAAGCGCACCUGCCUCGUGGACGGCAAAAAGCUGCGCAUCGGGGAAUACAAGGCAAUCAUGCGGAACCGGCGGCAGGAAAUGCGGCAGUACUUCAACGUUGGGCAACAAGCACAGAUCCCUAUCGCCACUGCUGGUGUUGUGUACCCUGGAGCCAUUGCCAUGGCCGGAAUGCCCUCCCCUCACCUGCCCUCGGAGCACUCGAGCGUGUCGAGCAGCCCAGAGCCCGGGAUGCCUGUUAUCCAGAGCACUUACGGUGUGAAAGGAGAGGAGCCACAUAUCAAAGAAGAGAUACAGCCUGAGGACAUCAACGGAGAAAUUUAUGAUGAGUACGAUGAGGAAGAGGAUGAUCCAGAUGUAGAUUAUGGGAGUGACAGUGAAAACCAUAUUGCAGGACAAGCCAACUGAUAAGGGUCAAAAGGUUGUUGUGACCUUAGGACUUAAAGAAGCCCUAGCUGGUUCAUCCUUACCAGUGGCCAAGCACAUUAACUUUCUCAUACACUGACUGUUACUUUAACUGUUAGUCUUAACUAGUUGGGACAUCAGCUGACUAAUAGACCUCAGCCUCAAAAGGCUUGGAAAGGAAAAACAAAAAUACAACAAGCAAACAACAAUAUCAACAACAAGAGAUUGAAAUAAGCUAUGGGUAACAUAAUGCCAGUAAUUCAGCUGCUACAUCCAAGCACUGAAGUCUUACCCGUCAACUUUUUUUUUUUUAAUAAACUUUAUGGCUGUUUGUUCUACAAUGUUCUAGAAAUUCUCACUCAGGUACACAGUGCCAACAAGUGGCUUGUGAAUGUGUUUUGUUGUUUUGUGCUACAAUUUUUAAAAAGAAAUAAGUUUUGUUUUUUGGGGUUUCUGGGUUUUUUCCUUUUCUUUUUCUUUCCUUUCCUUUUUUUUUUUUUUUGUAAUGCACCUGACAGAAAAAGAAAGAUGAAUUUCUCUUUACUUCUCUCCACCUUUUCCAUCUCUAUACUUUAAAGAUGGAAGUCUGUGCAUGGGGGGGAAGAGGGAAAAAGAGCCUGUUUUUAACUUCCUUGCUAUCCACCACAAAAUAAGCAAUUAUUUUCUUCAGAGGACUUUCUUUGUCUAUUGCACACCACACUACAUCUUUGAGCAAGUGCCAAAUUUGUACUGAAGUGUUGACCCUGUUCAUUUUUUCCCUUUCCUUUUUCCUGUUCCUUCUUAAGUUAGAACAGUGUUAUAUCUUAGACAAUCCCUUGAAAAACCUGAAAUACCAGCAGCUGGUGAGAUUUGACUUUUUUUUUAAUGGAAACUGUAGGUGCUGUUCUCAGGUGAAAAGAGAGAGAGACAUAAGAAAUUUAGAGAAAAAAUAUUUUCUGAUCUCGGAUUUUUGUGUGUAUGUAUGUGUGUGAUUAUGGUACUAAUAGGAAUAAUGUUGGACCAUUGUGAGUUAAACCCACAUCUGGGGAUGAAAUCCCACAUCCUCCUAAGUGACUGGUCUGGAAGCAAACUUGACCUUGACUUUGCACUUCAAAUGACAACUUAACUAAUAUAGGGCUCAGAAAUUAUAUUUUUAAAUUUCUAAUAUGAUUAUUAUUGGAUGAGUCAGGUGGCCCUGUGUAAUAAAGGUGUGCAUGUAUAAAAUGGAAGCUACUAGCAAACUGCUCCCAGAUGUCCCUUCUCCCUGGUCAGUUCGUUCCACUAACGUUUGCUACUUAAUGAUUUCUGUUUGUUUUCCUUGAAUGUAUUUGGCCAUUUUCCAGAAAUAUAGAAUUAGCUUAUUUCUUCAACAUUCCGUUCUUUCCUGAUCAGGAAAUGGAACUGAUGAUUUUAUAUGGUCUUUUUCAUCUCUCCAUGAAAUAAGGUGGAGGCCAUUUGCAUUUCAGAAUUGUGGGCCAUGUGCAUCUCAUGCCAUAAAAAGCAGGAUUUGAUUAAAUGUUGUUGCAGCCCUGCAAAAUGCAGCCUGGCUGAACCCAGCAAUCUUGCCAUUACUCUUACUUUGCUGUAAGAUGAACCCACUGAAGUCCAAUUUUUGGUUCCAGCACAGUAUGUGCAUAGAGCAACAAUGAGUGGUAACGGGACUGCUUAUUUAGAUUUUGCCAGCCAAAUGCCAAGGCACUUGUAGGGCGUAUACAAAUAAAUACAGAAUCAUUUAAAGUCAGUUGCCAUUAUUUGUGCUGAAGCAUCAGACAGUAAAUACUCCAACCAGUAGCUUGGAUGUGCCAUGGUUUCACUCCAGUCAUCACUUUCCUAUCCCACUCCCUAAUCGCAACCCUAAAGUUUGAUUUUUACAUUUAAGUAAGAAAAAAGUCCUUUUUAUUUUUCUCUCUCUCAAAAGACUUGCUCUGGGGUUUUGCUUGGAGGAGCUGAUCAUAUCCUGCAUGUCAGAGAUUUUGUUUUGUUUGUUUUCCUGUUUGUUUUUGAUGACUGUAUUUUCAUUUGAACUGCCUCUUUUUGCUAGUGUUGUAAUAAUGAUGAUGAUGAUGAUAAAAUAAUAAUAAUAAUAGUAAUAAUAAUAAUAAUGGUCAGCUGUUCCCAGAUUAGUAAGUUAUGUAUAAUUUAUUUCUCCCUUUCUAUUUUAUUCUGCUCUGAUUUGGAAGUGCAGCCAAUAAGCUGUUAGAUAUUUAAAACAAAUUUCCAUCUCCAACAUAUAUAUAUAUAUACAUAUAUAUGUAUAUAUAUUCUCACACACACACACACACACACACACACAUUCACCCACACAAUUUUACUUCUCCUUCCAUAAGUUUUCUCCUUUUUAAAAAUUUGGCCCCAACAAUGUCAAGUUCCAGUGUUUAACACAAAGGAGUGAAUUAAUAGGAGGGUCGUGUUCAAUCUUAAUUAACUUAUGCUCUCAUCACUCAUUUUAGUUAUUUAAUUGCCACAGUCAUCUAGAGCCAAUUUUUUUGUUUUUGUUUGUUUUGUUUUGUUUUUAAGCACUCUGGAUAAGAAAAAAAUAGACACUUGUUUUUAUAUCGUUAUUAUGUACAAUGUGAAAACAGAAUUUAAAAAAUUUGUUCUCUGUCUUUGUUAACAAAUUCUUCCUGACUUAUGUGGGUUCACCUCUCACGUUUGCUGGAUACUUAUCUUACACCGUGUUAUAAAGAUGCUUUGUUUUCAUUUCAUGACUUUGGGCUACAAGAAUACUUUGUUUUAGCUCCAGGUAGAUGCCACAGAGGGCAUUCACGGCUGAAACCAGUUCUAACACACUUACCAGUGAAUUGACAAAAUACGUCUGUUUUGGUCUUUUUUUGUUUAUUCUUUAUUUUGUUUUAUUUGAAGGGGAAAACAAAAUUGUUAAUGGUGACCUUUAGCUGCUGAAAUUCUGAAGUUAAUUUUAUUUAAUUAGGUUUAUGUCAGAGAGACUGAACUGUGUGUGGACUGACGCACAAAGCAAGUUCAUAGCCCUGCAUUAUGCUCUCGGUUCUGACAUCUAAUUCACUGCGUGUCACAAUUUUUUUUCCUUAGUUUUCCCCAAAAGAAAAUUAUAUUAAUGUUUAAAGUGCUUUGAAGUCAUUUGAUAAAAGGUGCUACGAAUAGCAACUUACUGUGUUAACACAUUGCCUUUUUGGCAUUUGAUUGGUUCAUAAUUUUUGCAGAGGAUCCUAAAACCUUGUAUUCUUUUUCUGUGCCCCAUGAUGACCAAAAAAGAUAAGGUAAAGGAAAUGAGAGUAAGAUCAAACUAAAACAAACGUGAAGUUUCCCUCCUCUCUCCUUUCCUAUGUACGUGUUCACAUCUCUCUCUCUCUCUGUCUCACACACACACACACGCACACGCACACGCUCACCCCAGUACUGAGGAAUAAUCUUGCCAGAAUUCUGUAUUUUUAUGGCUGUUGUAAUAAGUUCCUCUAAAAAUAGUCAUGUUUUAAUACGAAUCUAAGAGAACACCACUGGAGAAAAUAGGUUAAAGUUGCUCAUUUAUAAGUUACUAAUAAUUUGGCUAGUUACUACACUUGGCUAAAACACAAAACUAUUCUUCAGUACAUUUAUACCUAAAUUAGUUAAGUCAAUUUUUACCAUUUAUUUGGCGUCUGCAGUUAAAAGUUAACCAUGUAUAAAAUCCCUCCAAAGAACAUAAUCAUUCUUGAAACCAAAUCCUCUUAUAAGGAACAAAUAUAAAAGAGUUUUCUUUGAUGAAAUUAUUUCAUAGAUUUGAUUUCUGGAGUAGACUUUUACCUUAAUUCACUUAAAGAAAAUUAUCUUUAACUAUUUUAUGAUCCAAUUUCAGAUAUUUUCUUAAUCCAGAAGUUGUUACUUUUCCCAGAAGAAACCUCUUAUAUCACAUGGAAAACAUCAAAAAUAAUUACAUUUUCAUUCAUUCUAAUGAGUAAAUUAUUGAAUUGUAGUAAACAACUGUAUAUUUACAAACAGGUUUAUAAAAUAUUUGUUUAUCAAGUUAAUAGUAAAAUAAAUAUUAUGGGAUCUGCAAGGAAAAAUAUGAAGCCCACUUAAAGUGGUUCAGAUAUUUCUUUGUCUUGUAGGGCAUAGGUUUUCCUUUAGACAGGCUUUUACAGUAUUUAAUUUUAAAGUUUCCUAUAACUAUCAGUUUUCCAGGUUGAAGAUAAUGUUGUGUUGAGUUUUCUACUGAUCGAUUCCUGUCCUCCCCAGUGUUUCUGUCACUGGUUCACUAAAACAGUAUUUAUAUGGCUCCGCUGGCUCUAAAGCUCUUAGUCCUUCUAACAUUUUGGAUUUUAUGAGUAAAAAUGGGAAAAAAUAGAAAAGAGACAAUCAAAUGCCUGGAGCUUAAAACAAAGUAUGUGCAACCUACCAUCUCACUUGAAAUUUAAUAAAAUAAAUAAUUAUGUAAAUAUAACAUAGAGUUAUAGAUUUAUAUUUUGUUCAUAACACAUAGUGUAAUAUAAGUUGUAUAUUUUCAUGUUUUUGGUUUUAUGUUAUCAUUCAUGCCACAAUAAAAAUAAAACAGGAGUUUAUGUACUCUUAAAAAAAAGGAUGUGGGUUGCCACCAACCUGUUUUUUUUGUUUUUUGUUUUUUGUUUUUGCAUUCUCUUUUUUCAGUAUUACUGCCAUGCAAGGCACCAAUAAAAACAGCAAAUGUGUUCUUUACCUAUUA